UCCAUUCAUCCAAACUACAACCGCCAAUUCGCCGCCCUGCGCACGAAGGACCACGAAGCGAGAUAGACCGGAGCACUGGAAUUAAAACGACUACGACUUGGAAGCGCAUUGAUAGCACUCCGAGGCAGAUUAAGAGCGGGCAAGGCGCCAGUCGCGCGCAAACAUGGCUCUUCUACAGUACAAGAAUCUCGUGAACUACGAGGAGCAGACUGCGGCCUUCAAGGAUUUCCUACAGAACUUCAAGUCCUCCUCCACCGAAGCAGAGGAUGCGCUGGACGACCUCCACCUCGACGGAGACGCGACGAGCGACGAGUAUGACUUCAUGGACGACGCAGAAAACGGCUCGAACGCGCGACGACGAAGCACGCGAUCAAAAGCGAAAUAUAUGAAUAUGCUGCAGGAUGUCGCAGACCGAAAGACGAGUCAGGUCUUAAUAGAUCUCGAUGACCUGAGCGAGUAUGAAAAGAGCCUUGACGAGGAAGGUGUUUCACAGCUCAGGCUGGUUUCGUCGAUAGAGAAGAACGCGAACCACUACAUUGAGAUUCUCUCGCGCGCAGUGGACUCAGUCUUGCCUCGGCCUGCGACUGAACCAAAUUUCAAAGACGAUGUGCUCGACAUUAUCAUGAGCCAGCGUUCAAAACGGAACGAAGCUGUCGCGCAGCAGCAGGAGGCGGGCGGUGACGAGAAUGGCAUUCCAGAGUCGAUCUUCCCUCCUGAGCUUACAAGACGCUACACGCUCAACUUUAAGCCAGUGACUCCGUCCGGAUCAAGCAGCCAGAAGAGUUCGAAGGCUCUGGCAGUCCGUCAGGUCCGCGGUGAGCAUCUUGGGCAUCUCAUCACAAUUCGAGGUAUCGCAACCCGUGUCUCGGAUGUCAAGCCCUCAGUGCAAGUCAAUGCCUACUCUUGCGACCGUUGCGGCCAUGAGAUCUUUCAGCCCGUUACGUCGAAGCAAUUCACGCCUUUAGUGGAAUGCACCUCAGAGGACUGCCAGCAGAAUAAGGCGAAGGGCACAUUGUUCUUGUCUACCAGAGCUUCUAAAUUCUUGCCAUUCCAGGAGGUCAAGAUUCAAGAGAUGGCCGACCAAGUGCCUGUUGGUCACAUCCCUAGGCAACUCACAGUGCACUGCCACGGGGAGCUGGUUCGAUCUGUCAACCCUGGAGACGUCGUUGACAUUGCUGGUAUAUUCCUCCCCACCCCUUAUACCGGAUUCAAGGCCAUUAAGGCCGGCCUCCUCACAGACACGUAUCUGGAAGCCCAAUACGUACACCAACACAAAAAGGCGUACGACGACAUGGUUCUCGCACCAACGACCAUCCAACGCAUGACAGAACUCGAGCGCUCGGGUCAGCUCUACGAAUACCUCAGCAGAUCCAUUGCUCCAGAAAUUUUCGGCCAUGCAGAUGUCAAGAAAGCGCUCCUGCUCCAGUUGAUCGGAGGUGUAACGAAAGAGAUGGGAGAUGGCAUGCGCAUCCGUGGAGACAUCAAUGUCUGUCUCAUGGGUGAUCCGGGAGUGGCCAAGUCGCAGCUUCUCAAGUACAUCACGAAAGUGGCGCCUCGAGGCGUCUACACUACUGGCCGAGGCAGCAGUGGUGUCGGUUUGACGGCUGCUGUCAUGAGAGAUCCAGUCACUGAUGAGAUGGUAUUGGAAGGCGGCGCUCUUGUGCUCGCGGAUAACGGCACUUGCUGUAUCGAUGAAUUCGACAAGAUGGACGAUUCCGACCGAACAGCCAUCCACGAAGUCAUGGAGCAACAGACAAUCUCGAUCUCGAAGGCUGGUAUCACAACGACACUGAAUGCUCGAACAUCGAUCUUGGCAGCUGCCAACCCGCUCUACGGGCGGUACAACCCUCGCAUCUCGCCAGUCGAGAAUAUCAACCUGCCCGCGGCUCUUCUCUCCAGAUUCGAUGUUAUGUUCCUGCUCUUGGACACUCCUUCGCGUGAUGCAGAUGAGGAGCUGGCACGCCACGUCACACAUGUUCAUAUCCACAACGCGCACCCCGAGCCACAAGGAGGUGGCUUAAUAUUCUCGCCCAACGAGGUACGACAGUGGGUCGCUCGCGCGCGAUCAUUCCGACCUGUUGUGCCCAAGGCAGUGUCUGACUACCUUGUCGGCGCAUAUGUCCGUCUGCGCCAGCAGCAGAAGCGCGACGAGGCAGGAAAGAAGACUUUCACCCACACCUCACCAAGAACGCUCCUUGGUAUCCUCCGUUUGUCACAAGCACUUGCGAGGUUGCGAUUCGCUGACGAGGUCAUUACGGAGGACGUGGAUGAGGCCCUGCGACUGGUCGAAGUCAGCAAAGCCAGUCUGUACGACGAUAAUAGGGAUCGCAGAGGUGAUCACUCGCCGAGCACAAAGAUCUACAACCUCAUUUGCGGCAUGAGGGACAGUGGUGCUGCCGCCACUGGUGAAGGUCGUGGUGAGCUCGACAUGAGGCGAGUACGGGAAAGAGUACUUGCCAAGGGCUUCACAGCCCAGCAGCUUGAGUCCGCGAUUGAUGAGUACGCAACGAUUGAUGUCUGGCAAACUGCCGCCGAGGGGACACGCUUGGUCUUCAUUGAGGCUGGCGAUGAUGAUGAGGAUAUGGGAGACGAGGACUUCUGAUACUGUUGCCACUACCCCCAGUGAAGAUCAAAGGUGUUUGGCGUUAGCGGUCUGCAUGAAAGUGGAGUUUGAUAUCGGUCCUAGCGAAAGGAAGAGGCCGCCUGGCGAUCUGUUUGAAUACCAGCUUAUUGGAUGCAAUGCACCUGUCACUCGCAUGCCCGUCUUUCUCUUCGGCCACUGCGAACGUAGGGCCGGGGAUUUUGGUGAGAUCUGCAGACGGGA